AAUAUGGCAUAUGCACAUUCACGAAUUUGAACUGUUAUUAAAAGUAAGCGUCAGCUGAAAGAUUUCAGAAUCAUGGAUGUGUUGUUGAAAACAAUACUUGCAGGAGUAAUUUCUGUAGUUCUUUGGAAAAUUUUGACAGUUUUGUUGAAGUACAAAGAGUUAUGUCACAAACUGAAGAAAAUUCCACAAAAACAAGCACACUGGUUCAAAGGACAUGCAGGAGAGGUGAAGGAUUCAUUAACUUACAACGAUUAUGGUAUGGACGUCAUGAAAAGGGGUGGCAGGAUGUACUGCAUGUGGAACGGUCCAUUUCCUGUUUUAGGGGUGUGUCAUCCCGAAACUUUCCAACAACUAAACAAGCAAGUUUCAAAUAAGGCACGUGGAUUUACAGAUGGCUAUAGAAUGUUGGAGCCAUGGCUAGGGGAAGGAUUGUUGAUAAGUGAGGGCAGGAAAUGGGAAAGAAACAGACGCUUGCUUACCCCUGCAUUCCAUUUCAACAUUUUGUCUGGUUCAGGUCGAGUUGGUGGACCAUUUACACAUUAUUUUCCAAAUUCUAAAGACAAAUUAGAAGAAGCUACACAGGAAGCUGAGGCGCUGGACAUAUUUCCGUAUGUGUGUAGGGCAACACUAGAUUCAAUGUUAAAAUGUUCAUUGUCAUAUGAAGGCAGUAUGUUAGAAUCUACGGAACACAAAUACAUCAAAUCUGUGCAACGUCUAACAACGCUUAUGUGGGAACGCGUAUUACAGCCAUUACUUUUUUUUGACUUUUCCUUCAACCUGUCUGCACUCGGACGAGAAAACAAACGUGUAGUAGAAGUGGCACAUAAAUUUACUGGGGGCCUCAUAGAAUCUAGAAGAAACCAGCUGAUGGAACAUCCGGAUUUAACUAAACAGAAAAGACGCCUUGAUUUUCUUGAUAUACUGCUGACAGCUAAAGAUGAAAAGGGACAGGGUUUGUCGCGACAGGAGAUACAGGAUGAAGUUGAUACGUUUACAUUUGAAGGUCACGAUACAACGGCAUCUGCUAUCAGCUGGUCAAUCUAUGCACUUGGACAACACCCGGACAUACAAGAAAAAGUGUUCAGGGAUGUACAGAAAGUGAGUGAGGACAACACAAGCAUUACACAGAGUUGUCUCUCCCAGUUUGAAUAUUUGCCACUCUUUAUCAAGGAGAUUAUGAGGUUUUACUGCCCAGUACCUAUAGUUGCCAGAAAACAUUCAGAACCAAUAACGAUAGAUGGAAUUGAAAUACCACCCGGACCAAGAGUUGAUAUCAACAUUUAUGCUAUACACCAUAACCCACAAGUCUGGAAAAAUCCAGAGGAUUUCGAUCCGGAGAGAUUUGUCGUUGAGCAUCGUGACGAAACAGAGAUAUAUGGAUUCAUUCCAUUUUCAGCUGGGUCAAGGAAUUGUAUCGGCCAGGUGUUUGCCAUGAAUGAAAUAAAGAUAACGCUUGCAAAGUUGAUGAAAAGAUUUGAGGUAUUACCGGUGAAGAACCACACGCCCAUACUACAACCGGACGCAAUAAUGAGGUCGCUAAAUGGAUUACCCGUCACACUGAGGCGUAGGCAACAAACAAGCAGCACUUGAGUUGUGAAGUCUUUCCAUAUUACAUGUUGUUUGUACUCCACAAAUAUGAACAUGUACUUUAAAAGCGCUUGCUUGAUCUGA